CAAAAAAUGCAGUGAACUCCAAGAAUCGUACACAGUAUGCACCACCUUUGGAUGCACUCCUUUCCCAUCUCUUUAUUUAACCCAUGCUCUGCUCCUCUGUUCCCGUCUCAAAAAUUCCAAGAGAUGAACACCUUGUUGAGUCACUUGUGUUGCUGCAUUCUUAUUCUAUGCAUCUACGCUCCGACAUCCGCCACAUCAGACAAUCCUCCUCUGCAGGAUGUAUGCCCCAUGGCUCCCCAGGGCGAGCGGCGAGAGUUGUCCAUGAACGGGUUCCUCUGCAAGCAUCCCAGCACCAUCCUGGCGUCCGACUUCAAGACCCUGCUGCUAAACCACGCCGGAGACCUGGACAGCAUAGCUCGGUCGUCGGUGAGCAUGGUGACCGCUGCCGAGUUCCCAGGCCUGAACACCCUGGGCCUGUCGAUGGCGCGCACCGACAUCGCCCCCUACGGGGUGGUGCUCCCGCACUCCCACCCGCGGGCGUCGGAGAUGAUGUUCGUACACGGUGGCAGCGUGGUGGUCGGCUUCCUGGACACCGAGGGCAGGCUGUUCCAGAAGCGUCUCGGUGAGGGAGAGGUGUUCGUCUUCCCCCGCGGCUUGCUUCACUACGUCAUGAACUACGGUUUCGGCCUCGCGACGGCGUUCUCCGUGCUGAACAGCCAGAACCCCGGCGUGGUCGGUGUCGCCCACGCUAUGUUUUUUGCGAGUGAUUCGGACGUAGUCGAAGGUCUAAUGGCCAGGAUGCUCAAGUUUGGAGAGAUGGAGGUGACUGGUGACAACAACAUCACUGCUGGUUUCCCAUGGGCAUUCUGAUCUGAGUAGGUGCAAUUCAAGAUCGUUGGUUGUUUAAGUUCCCAGUAACGAAUAAUGUGUACACUGUGAUGUAUCUGAUUGACCGAAGCUAAGUUUGUAGUCUGAACUACUUGCAGGACGAAUCACAAUCACCCCUUGGGAUCAUUA